CACACCGUUAUUAAACAAGAGAAGAAGAAAUCAAAUCGACGUCACCAACGUAAACAAAAGCAUGUCGCACAGACAGAAUCAAGCUAGAGAAAUGAACGGCCAAGCAGACGUCGAAGUUGACUACAAGCGGAAAUACAAAAAUCUAAAGCGAAAAUUAAAAUUCCUUGUUUAUGAACAGGAAUGUUUUCAGGAGGAGUUGAGGAGAUCACAGAGGAAACUUCUCAAAGUUUCCAGGGACAAAAGCUUCCUUCUGGACAGACUGCUACAGUACGAGAGGGUAGAUGAAGACUCCUCAGAUUCAGAUGCAACAGUUUCUUCAGAAAACAGUGAAGGAGAAGGCCCCAGGGAGAGGGAAAGAGAACGAGAUGUAGCAAAGAAACGAAGAAGUAGUCCUGGAGCGUGUCUCCCAUCUUCCUCCUCCCCCCAUCUCUCCCUAUUGUCCCGUCCUGGUGUGAAUCCCCUGCAGUCCUCAGGCUCUGGACCUUACCUCAACACCAUGCCCUUCCCACCGGAGUAUUUGGCUCCUCCAGCUGAACGAAUGAAGAAAGAGAGAAAAACAAAGACUCCUAAAAGCAAGAAAGAGACAACGGGGAAGGUUGUUGCCCCCAUGGCAUCCAAUUACCCAUCAGCCCCUGCGGCCCCCCCAGCAGCCAGCAGCCCCUUCAGCUGGGUUCCCCGACAGAUGCUGAGCGGAGAUGCAGCGGAGGAGGAGGGAGAGAGUGACGGAGACAGUGACAGAGGAGAUGAAGACAGAGGGGAGGGAGACGAGGCUGAACUGGUCAUUGACAUCCCUAAUGAGUGAGCCGCAGUGUGUGUUUAGAUGUAUUUAUAAGCAAGGGACGCAGGGUUUGGACAUCUGUGUGUGUGUGUGUGUGUGUGUGUGUGUGUGUGUGUGUGUGUGUGUGUGUGUGUGUGUGUGUGUGUGUGUGUGUGUGUGUGUGUGUGUGUGUGUGUGUGUGUGUGUGUGUGUGUGUGUGUGUGUGUGUGUGUGUGUGUGUGUGUGUGUGUGUGUAAGACAGAUUGUGACUGAAUGUAUUUCCUGUUCUCAGUAGCUCCUUCCACUUUCAUCCUCCCCCUUGUGGACUUUUUCCUUAUUGCAGUAUCACUAUCAGAAAACUCUCCCAGAUAAAUGUGGUUUUGACAUGUGGAGAAUUACAUUUACGACUGAAUAACAGCGAGGGCUUAAGAGAAAUCCAAAGCCAGUGAGAUGAUUGGAUAGUGUGUGAACAUAUUCUACCCACUGAUUAUUAUUUGUCUAAACAGUCUAUCAAUCUACAAACUGUGACUAAGGCUAGGUGUGUCCUGCACAAACAGAGCUUCUGUUUAUUUGUUUUUCACUAUCUAAAAACCAUGUCUGUCUUGGUGUUGCAUAAAUGCUGCACUCCAUUAAAGCUGUUCUCGCAGGAUAGAGAUCUGUUCAAAUGUUACGUCUUUUUUACUCGACAGUUUUGCCAUUUCUAUUUCUACAAUGUCAAUGUCUUUUUCACAAAUUGUCAUAAGUCAUGAUGUCAAUUCCGAUGUGUUAUUAUUUUGUGCACCGUUUCAGCUGUGUGUGUGUCAGAGAAUACAACGUAAAAUGUCAUCAUUUCAAACUAAAAUAUUUUGUUUAAAAUUUAAA